GAAGGAACAAGCAGAAUAAAGGUAGGAUCUGGUAAAGGGAGAAAAGUGUGCCUGACGGUGACAGGUGUUGUGAUUGCAAUUGUAUUGCUAAUUGUGAUACUAGCGUUGACAGUGUUCAAAGCCAAGCAUCCUGUUACCAUAGUGGACUCAACGAAGCUAGAGGACUUUCACGUGAGCUUGGAUCCAGUAAAACUAAGGGUAGAUUUGAAUGUGACCUUGGGAGUGGAUGUCUCAGUGAAGAACCCGAACAAGGUGGGAUUCCAGUAUUCAGACAGCGCUGCCCACCUCAAUUACAGAGGGCAGCUGAUAGGUGAAGUCCCGAUCUCUGCCGGAGAGAUUUCAUCCGGUGAGACCAAAGGAUUCAAUCUCACCCACACCAUUAUGGCCGACCGUUUGCUCUCCAAUUCUCAGCUUUUAUCUGAUGUCACAUCUGGUACAUUGCCCCUAAGCACUUUCGUGAGGAUGUCUGGGAAAGUCAGCAUCUUAGGCUUUAUCAAAGUCCAUGUGGUUUCCUCCACUUCUUGUGAUGUUGCAAUUAAUCUUUCUAAUGGAACUGUUGGGAACCAAGAGUGCCAAUACAAGACAAAACUUUGAUUAGAGGUUUUUAGUUCAAGAGUGAAACUAGACUUUAGAUUAGUAGACUAUACACGUAUUGCUUAAUGAUGAAUUAAUUUUGUUCAUAUUUCACUUUGUUUCAUUUGUAGUUGUGAUUUGUAUCAUACUAGACGGUCUCGACCUACACUCUCCCUUUAAGUUAAGCUCCACAUCUUUAUGCAAUUUGUAGUUUUAAUUAAUAUGUAAUUACAGGGUAUUUCUUUCCUUCCACUUUUAAUUUUAUUAAGGAAUUGAUACCCUGCUA